AUGCAUGUGGCUAAAGUAGAGAAUCAUGGAACUGAAGAUUCAGUCCAAAUAUCAGCCAAACAUAUUGUGAAAUCUGCCUCAGAUGCCAGCCAUUACAGGGUUUUGAGAUCUGCUGACUACAUUCAGGGUUUGAAGGAGUGUGAUUCUAAUGGAUAUGAGGGAAGUUUAGGUGAAUCUAGCAAUAUGAGUGAAGACACAAAAAACUCAGGGAUCUCUUUUACUUCCUCAUGCAAUGCCUUAUCAAAUGAUUUCAGUUUGAGCAUCUCUUCUCUUACCAACAACAACAAUGAUACAGCUCGUUGCCAUGAGCUGAAGCUAGAGCUUGAUGCAAUUGAAAUGCAGUAUCACCAAUAUUGUCAUGAACUCUUGAAGAUGAGAGAGGAAGCUGAAGAAAAUGCCAAGCAGAGGUGGAUAGCUAAGAGGAUGUCUUUUGUUUGA